AUGACUUCUGAAAACCCCCUAAUCUCCUCCCAGUCCUUGUCUGGAACUAGCUUGGAAAUUGCGCUACAUCCCCUGGUCCUGCUCACCAUCUCAGAUUACAUUACAAGACACAAAUUACGACAGCAGAAAGGCCCGAUAGUAGGAGCUUUGCUAGGACAACAGAAUGGUAGAGGAAUAUCAAUUGAAAAUGCAUUUGAAUGCUUGCUCGAUGAAACCGACGGCGAAAUCCUUUUAAAUCAGUCCUGGUUCGAGGAGCGGCUACAGCAAAUGAAAGACGUGCACAAGAACCCCCCACUCGACCUUGUAGGCUGGUAUACGGUACUUUCCAACCUUGGACCGCAACCAGCGCACCUUUCGAUUCAACGACAAAUACUUCAUUCACAUAAUCACUCUACUCUUCUACUAGGCUUUCACCUUGAUUCUUUGACAGAUGGGCAAAAAUCAGGAAAGUUACCACUCUCUAUCUAUGAGUGCAACCUAGAGGUGGAUGAGAUAAUAAAAGAAUCUGGAGAUGAUAUGGAGAUGAGAGAUCUGCAACCGCAGCAUUCAUUAAAAUAUAGAGAGCUUCCCUUCAGUCUGGAAACUGAUGAAGUUGAGAUGAUUGGUGUUGACUUCGUGGCACGUGGUGGAGGAAAAGCUACCGCAGUAUGUAAUUCGCAGAGAAAACCGAGAUCUCGCUCUAUAGAUAGGGAAGCUACCGAGAGAAAAAGUUCUGGCGGAAAGGAAAAAGACCUUGAUCAAAUCGAAAAAACUGAAGACAUAUUGUCACGGGAAGACGAAGAACUAAUUUCUGCUCUAACGGCAAAAGCAAACGCCAUUAAGAUUCUACUGUCUCGAAUCAAUCUACUUUCAAUUUAUUUGGCCAAAUUACCAACCAACAACACUUCCAAAACUUCACUUGAAAGUUCUGAUUCAAUGGGAAAUAAAAACACGGUGGUCAAUCAUAUCGUUCUUCGAUCUAUUCAGGCACUUCUUAGUCGCUUAGCAUUGUUAGUUCCGGCAGACGGUACAAGCUUUCAGCAGGAAAUGAUAUCAGAGCAAAAUGAUGGAGUAAAAGAGGCUGGGAUGAAAUACAGUAUCAUUCAAUCAAAGAGUCCGAAUAAAAACAAACCUAAUUGGGGUGGUUCUUCUAAGCCUGGGGCUUUAGGAGCGGGGGAUCUAUUUUAA